UUGUACAAUCAUCAUGAGACCCUUGGCUCUAUGAGGGCCCCAAUGAGUUACUCGAUCGCCCUUUUGCGAGGUGGAGAAUUGACGUUGUGUGCAUGAGACAGUGUGAUGUCAAACAAAUUUUUAGGUGGCGUUCGUCAUCAUCAUGCCGAUCAAGAGGCCCGUCGCUUACAAUCGUGACUGUGAGUCUGCUGUACAGCUCAGUCUGCCUGUGCAUGGCCUGUCCGGGAAUUUACGUUGGGGCUCUUCAUGAUCCUGUCCAGCAGACUGCUCUUGAUCGAUGCUUGACCAAGCAGUCAUCACAAGCAAGACCCUAUAUUCGUGAUUCGUGAUGGACGGUAGAAGUUACACGGCGCAGUCCACGCGUGAU